AUGUCUUACAUCACUGCAUCAAUUGAUGACUUAAAGUAUCUCUAUUCUAACGGUAGCAAGUUUGUUGAUUUCUCCAAGCCCGAUAUCGUUUUCGCAAUUCAGUCUAUUGCCUUCAAUCCGAUCUUCUGGAAUAUUGUUGCUAGAUUGGAAUAUAAGACUCAUUUUCUUACCAAGGUAGCCGGUGGUGCCCGUAAUGGAUGUUACCUUUUGGCUCUUACUAUCUUUUCUUUGGGAAUUUUCAGAGAUCACGUCUACUUUAAUGCUCUUCAGAACCAACCAACUUAUGAACCAUUUUUGACCAACCCGGUGUUCCAAGCAAUUGCCAUUGCGCUGUUCGGUUUUGGAAAUAUCUUGGUUUUGACUUCAAUGUAUGCAUUGGGUGUCACAGGAACUUAUUUGGGAGACUAUUUUGGUAUCUUAAUGGACGACAGAGUCACUGGAUUCCCAUUCAACAUUAACGAUAACCCUAUGUACAACGGUUCUACCUUGUGUUUCUUGGGCACUGCCUUAUGGUACGGGAAGCCAACUGGUUUGGUUGUCACCUUCAUCGUGCAUGGAUUCUAUAAAUUAGCUCUCUUCUUUGAAGAACCUUUCACUGCAAAGAUCUAUGCCAAGAGAGAAGAAGCAAGAAGCAAGAAGCAAGAGUAG